UAAAAAAAAAAAACAAGUCCUAGAAAGAAGAAGCUUUUACAAUAGGGACUGUUCUGUUCUGCCUCAUUUGCUGCAGAGCUAACCUCGAGUGAAGCUGUAGAAGUAGGGGAGAAAUUUUCUUCCUUUGAAUAUCUUAUUUAUAACCCAACUGGUCGUUUCAGAAGCCAAAUCUCUUCCUUUGAAUCUUCUGGAAACUGGGGCGUUGUUGAGUCUGAUGAAUCGACUUCAAAGGCUUCUCCUUUCUGCUCCUAGCUUAUCUUCACCAAUCACACCUCCUUUGUGCCGGUUUCAGGGUUUCUAUUGUGAUCCUCUGAUGCUCUAAAGGUGGGGCUUUUCUAUUUGCUUCUGCCUCUUAACCUAUCGCAUUCGUCAAAAUUUGGAUUUUGAGUUUGGGUAAUAGAUGCCAAUAUUUAAGAGCGAAGCUUGCGGUGUUCACUUUGAUUAGGUUUGGUUAGUAGACACUGAUAUGGCUAUGAUACGGGAUUUAUUUGGAAUUCUGGGUACUAAGUAUGCUCCAUUGUUAAUCAGAAGAUUCUCACUUUGGUCUACGAAGAAAGACCCUGAUCUCGAAUCUGCUCUCUCGCGUAACAAGAGAUGGGUAGUUAACAGUAGGCUCAAGAACAUUAUCUUAAGGUGCCCCAACCAGGUUGCAUCGGUUAAGUUUCUACAGAAGAAGUUUAAGACUCUUGAUCUGCAGGGGAAAGCCUUGAAUUGGCUUAAGAAGUACCCUUGUUGUUUCCACGUUUAUCUCGAGAACGAUGAGUAUUACUGUCGUUUAACGAAACCCAUGAUGACGCUUGUGGAAGAAGAAGAGUUGGUCAAAGAUGCCCAAGAGCCUGUGCUCGCUGAUAGGCUUGCAAAGCUGCUUAUGAUGAGUGUUAAUCAGCGCCUCAAUGUGGUGAAGCUUAACGAGUUUAAGCGGAGCUUUGGAUUCCCUGAUGAUUAUGUUAUCAGGAUACUACCAAAGUACUCAGAUGUUUUCCGAUUAGUGAACUAUAGUGGCAGGAAGAGUUCAAUGGAGAUCGAGCUUGUGUUGUGGAAACCUGAGUUGGCUGUUUCUGCAGUGGAGGCAGCAGCAAAAGACUGUGGCUCUGAGCCUAGUUUUUCAUGCUUUUUACCUUCCACAUGGACCAAACCAUGGGAGAGGUUCAUGGAGUUUAAUACCUCUCCUUACAUAUCUCCGUAUGAGGAUCAUGGGGAUCUUGUCGAGGGUUCAAAGGAGAGUGAGAAGAGAAGUGUCGGUUUGGUGCACGAGAUACUCUCGUUGACGCUGUGGAAGAAGCUGUCAAUCGUAAAGCUGAGUCAUUUCAAGAGGGAAUUUGGGUUGCCAGAGAAGCUAAAUUCUAUGCUUCUGAAACAUCCAGGCAUAUUCUACGUCGCUAACAAGUAUCAGGUUCACACUGUGCUUCUUAGAGAAGGAUACAAUGGCGCGGAAUUGAUUCACAAGGACCCGCUCGUUGUUGUAAAGGAUAAAUUUGGGGAACUGAUGCAGCAGGGCUUGUAUGAGUAUAAUCACAGGCGAUAUUUGGCUAAUCUAGAGAAGAAGAGAGAGAAAGGUAUUGAAUCUUUGAAGCCUGUGGUGCGAAAGAAAGACAGGAUUGAUGAUGGCGAUGAUGUAAAUGAACAAGAAAACCAUGGCGAUCGACCAGGAGGUCUGUUUGAUACAGAAGAGAGAAAAAGGUUCUAUCAGAUUCUCUUCAGUGACACCCGAUAAGAGCAUUCUGGUAUAGCUGAAACAUUAUUUGCUGAGAAUUGCUGCAUCUCAAUAACUCUUGGGACGGACAGCUUGGUUUUGGAUAUGAUUUAAGAGCAUAUUGUGAUUUCUGUAAAGUUAAAGACUUUAUAGAGUAUAUUGGGAUCUCUGUAAACGUCAAAGUCACAAACCUCUUGACAGUGAUAUUUUUUUUGGUUCGUA